GCAGGAAGAGCGGAGAAACCUGAGCAGAAGAGAGAGAGAGCGAGAGAGAAACGAACACAUACACAUACACAUUCACACGGAGGCAGAGACCGCAAAGCCCCUGAUAGAAGCAGCCAUUACGGCUGGGAAGCAUGCUGGGAGCUCGGGCGGCUCGCCUCGGAUCCACAGGACGCCGACACAGCCUUGGAUAGGAAGCCCGAGGAGUCCGGAUACUGUUUCGCCUGGAGCUCCGCCGAUUUGAGGACGGAAACACACACUGCCCCCCCCCCUCUACGGACACUCAUCUGGGUGUGUAGGAUCUAUUCCCACCCUCAUACACAUACAGGAGGCACAAAAAGCAGCAGUCGCCGGGUGGAAGUCGAUAUUCAAGGAGGGACUGGUCGGAGAGACACACCGAGUAAUGCGGCUGUGUAUUCCCGCACACAUACGUACACACACCGCGGUAAUGGAUAGAUAGCAUGGAUUUAUGUAACCUUAAUUCAAGUAGAUACUCGCAUCUUAAAUGUCCUACAUUUUCAUAAAAAACGCGCUCAGUUCAGGCUUUUGUUGACCUUUUUAUUCUCUUAGUAUCCUUAAGGAUUAUCUAACCCUGCUAGAAAGUGAGUUACUGGGCUUUUAGUGUGCGUCAAUGCAUCAAAUUAACUAGUUUCAUACAAGGUGGUGUUGAAUUGGACGCCGGGGAGAGGAAGGAGCCAGAGCUGGGGGCUUGACGCGCAGCAGCGGACCUGGUCACUGCGGUAGUCUGCAGGCCGACCUCUCUCUACUCCCAAGCCGGCUUGAGAGCCACCAUGGCCGGGUUCAUACCGGGUCUGCUGCCGACAAACCAUUCGCAGGAGAAGGAAUUCGCCCAGGCGUACGAGGAUGUGCUGGAGAGAUAUAAAGAUGAGCGGGACAGGGUGCAAAAGAAAACCUUCACAAAAUGGGUCAACAAGCAUCUCAUCAAGGUGAGGAAACACAUCACAGACCUGUACGAGGACCUGAGGGAUGGACACAACCUGAUUUCCUUGCUGGAGGUCCUCUCUGGAGUCACCCUGCAACAGAAAAGCGGCCCUGCACAGAAAAGGGCAUACGCCUCGCGGGCCCCCCCUCUCAUCUUGCUCGGAGGGGAGGAUGAGGAGGCGGAAGGAGCUCAGGGACCCAGAGAAAAGGGGCGAAUGAGAUUUCAUCGACUACAGAAUGUCCAAAUAGCGCUGGACUUCCUUAAACAGAGACAGGUCAAACUUGUGAACAUCAGGAACGAUGACAUCACCGACGGGAACCCCAAGCUGACGUUAGGUCUCAUCUGGACCAUCAUUCUUCACUUCCAGAUUUCAGAGAUCUAUGUGAGCGGCGAGUCAGGCGACCUCACAGCCAAAGAGAAGCUGUUAUUAUGGAGCCAGCAGGCGACAGAAGGCUUCCCCGGCCUCCGCUGUGUCAACUUCACCUCAUCCUGGAGCGACGGACGCAUGUUCAACGCUCUGCUGCACAGAUACAGGCCAGACCUGAUCAACAUGGAGGUGGUUUCGCAACAGAGUAACCGGGAGAACCUCGAACAGGCCUUUGAGAUCGCCGAGUCGCUAGGGGUGACCAGUCUGCUGGACGCUGAGGACGUUGAUGUUCCAGUUCCAGAUGAGAAGUCGGUCAUCACCUACGUCUCCUCCAUCUAUGAUGUCUUCCCCAAAAUCCCUGAGGGAGGAGAAGGCAUCGCCGCACAGGAGGUGGACCAGCGCUGGUCAGAGUACCAGUCCAGGUUCUCCUCUCUGCUCCAGUGGAGCCGCCAGCAUACGGCUCUAAUGGCCAACAAGAACUUCCCACUAAACCCUGUGGAACUCAAGGCACUUUACAACAAGUACGUCCAUUUCAAAGAGACGGAGAUCCCCGCGAAGGAGAUCGAGAAAGGUCACAUCGAACAUCUUUACAAACUGCUGGAGGUGUGGAUAGAGUUUGGUCGUAUUAAGCUCCCUCAGGGCCACCAUCCUAAUGACCUUGAAGAGGAGUGGGGCAAACUCAUCCUGGAGAUGCUGGAGAGAGAGAAGGCUCUACGGCCGGCUGUGGAGAGGCUAGAACUGCUGCUUCAGAGGGCUAAUAAGAUCCAGAACAUGGCUCUGGACUGCGAGGAGAAACUAACCCUCGCUAAGAACACACUCCAGGCUGACAUGUCUCGAGUGGAGAGCGGCGAGGCGGUGCAGUGUGAGCGCGAGCUGGCCUGCUACCUGCAGGACUGCGAGUCUCUGAUCAGACAACUCAACCAGGAGCUUAAAGUCCUGCGAGAUGAGAAAUACUACCAGGUGGAGCAGCUGGUGUUCAGAGUGUCUUGCCUUCAAGAGGAGCUGGUCUCCCUCAGACUGCAGUGCUCCAGCGUCUACAGGAAAGGCCACUUCUCCCAGGCCCUGGGCAACACCGGGGCAGAGCGCCCAAGCCAGAUAUCCACAGACAGUGGCCUGACGCUGGGGCAGACACUGCUAGGAGCUGUGGGGGCUGUGGGUGCAGUCAGUGCCGCACUCCUGCGGCGACCCACUGCUCGCUCCCAGCUCGUGGCCAUGUCGUCAUCAGAGGACGAAGGAAGCCUGCGGUUCAUCUACGAGCUGCUCGGAUGGGUAGAAGAGACACAGGAGCUUUUGGAGCGUGCUGAAUGGGGCGCAGACCUCCCCUCUGUAGAAAACAACCUCCAAGAGCACAACACCAUACACACUGCAGUCGAGGAGCUAAUGAGCGGCCUACAGGAGGCACGCAGCUAUGAGGCUAAAGUUUCUCCAAACUUCAAGAGCAGUUACUCUGAAACCCUGGCCAAGCUGGAGCACCAAUACUGCAAACUACUGGAACAUUCGUCAUGGCGCCUGCGGAGCUUGGAGAGCCUGCACACAUUUGUGUCGCACUGCACUGAGGAGCUGAUCUGGCUCAACGAGAGGGAGGAGGAGGAGAUUGCCUUUGACUGGAGCGACAACAACACCAACAUGAACGCCAAGAGAGAAUUAUACAGCGAAAUGAAGUUAGAGCUGGAGGAAAAACAAGAUGUGAUGCGGUCGCUCCAGGAAACAGCCAACCGUCUGUGUCUCGAGAACCAUCCAGCCAAACAGACUGUGGAGGCUUACAGCGCAGCGCUGCAGACUCAGUGGCAGUGGGUGAACCAGCUCGGCGUGUGUGUGGAGCAGCAUCUCAAAGAUAACACGGCAUACUUCCAGUUUAUGAGUGAUGCUCGAGACUGUGAGUCGUACCUGCGCCAGCUCCAGGAAACCAUCAAGAGACAGUACACCUGCGACAAGAACAGCAGACUGAGCAAACUGGAAGACCUGCUGCAGGACUCAAUGGAGGAGAAGGAGCAGCUGAUUGAGUACCGGAGUACAGUGGCGAGCCUGGUGGGCCGGGCCAAGACGGUGGUGCAGCUCCGCCCCCGCAACGCAGAGAGCACCCUGGGGGCCACAACACCGAUAAAAGCCAUCUGCGACUACAGACAGAUAGAGACAAACGUUCAGAUCACAAUAACCCGAGGCGAGGAGUGUGUGCUGGAGGACAACUCUCAGAGGACCAAGUGGAAGGUGAUCAGUACGACAGGGAAUGAGGCCAUGGUCCCCUCGGUGUGUUUCACCGUCCCACCUCCGAACCAGGACGCCAUGGACACAGCCAGCAAGGCCGAGCAGCUGUACCAGAAGGUCAUGUCUCUGUGGCAUCAGCUGCAUGUGAACAUGAAGAGUGUGGUGUCCUGGCACUACCUGCUCAAAGACAUCAGGACUGUCUCCGGAUGGAACCUGGACACGGUUCGAUGUCAGACUCCAUCAGAGCGGCAGCAGGUCUUGGAUCACCUCGAGUCCCAGUUGGCCGACUUCCUGUCUGACAGCAAAGAGAGUUCCAUGUUCACGGCAGGCGAAAGACGAGAGCUGGAGAAGGACGUUCAGCAGGCCCAGCAGCACUGUCAGGACCUGCUGCUCAACAUGGAGACUGUGGAGAAGGAUGAGUCACUCUCUCGUUCGUACCUUUCGGAGCUGCAGAACAUCACCCUUCGUCUAAAUGAGGCCGAGCAGAGACUGAUGAGGGGAAUUCAAACUCCGCCUCCCAGCCGGCUGUCAGGUGACAGUGCUGACAACACUGUCCAGAUAGUGGAGCAGGAGAAGCUGCAGUCGGAGCUGGACACCCUGCGCUCCGGUUUGGGUGACGUGUCCCGGCGCUGCGUCAGUUUCUUCGAGGAGAAGCCGACAUCCUCCAGCAUUCCCGUCCUCCGGUCAGAACUCAACCAGGCUGUAGAGAAGACAGACAAACUGCACAACCUCUCGUCUGUAUACCUAGAGAAGUUAAAAACGGUAGACAUCCUGAUGCGUAGCCUGGAUGAAGCGGAGAGCCAGGUCAGGAAGAACGAGAGCAGACUAAGUGAAGAGGACAUUGUUCCUGCUGACAUAACGGCCAUUCAAAACCUCAGAGAACAACUAGGGAAGUGGCAGGCCGAGCUUGUCGAGCAGGAGGGCAUCUUCCAGACUCUGCAGUCGGAGUUAGGUCGGGCCAAAGAAGCGGGGUCUCAGCUCAGCAGGCUCCACCCGGACCGCAGCCCCGAGAUGGAGCGCUACCAGGAGAGAGCCAAUCAGUUGGCAGAGAGGUGGAGCGGGGUGAAGAGACAGAUGGAGACACGACACACCGAUCUAGAAGCUCUGGGCUCGGCCCUGCAGAAGUACAGAGACGGUCAUUCUGCUCUGAUCAACUGGAUCGAAGAAACGACCGAGAGACAAGAAAACACCCAACCUGGACAGACAGACAGCCGAGCGCUGUCUGAACAGCUGGCCCAGCAGACGGCAUUAGUAGUUGAGAUUGAACAGAAUCAGGCCAAACUAGACGAGUGCCAGACUCACUCCAAACAGUACUGCACCUCAGUGAAGGAUUACGAACUGCAGCUGAUGACCUACAGAGCCUUUGUAGAAUCUACACACAAGUCACCUGUCAAGAGGAGGAGGAUGCACUCUUCCUCUGACGCCAUCACUCAAGAGUUCAUGGACUUGCGCACACGCUACACAGCCUUGGUCACCCUGACAACCCAGCAUGUAAAGUACAUCAGUGAUGCACUGAGAAGACUAGAAGAAGAAGAGAAAGAGGUGGAGGAGGAGAAGCAGGCCAGGGUGGGCCAGGUUUCCGACCUGCUGGGUUGGGUUAAAGGCCUCCAGGGACGGACCGGGGGCCCCAACGCCGAGUCUUCUCUUGCUGCUCAACAGGCCAUCAGUGAACAGCUGGCAGCCAAGAAAGAUGAAGUGGCUGAAGCCAAAAGAAGUACUCAGGCCUUCCUGCUAUCAAAACAGGCCAGCAAGUUGUCCCCAGAGGAGCGUGCUCAUGUAGAAGCUCAGCUGGGCGAGCUGACGGCCACCUACAACCAGCUGUGUGACAGCUCCACCCAGCAGCUGCAGCAGCUAGAGCAGCAACUGGCCAAAGAGGAGGAAAGAAAGAACCAAAUUGCCAUUGCCGGAGUAAUUGACCUGGGAACAGUGGAAACAUUCCCUGUGUUCCAAGCAGCCCAACGUGGUCUUAUUGACCAGGACACCUGCCAUGUACUAUUGGAGGCCCAGCUCAUUAUGGGUGGGCUCCUCCAGCCUGACUCCCCUCUCAAUCUUUCACUGGAACAAGGUCUAGCUCAAGGCCUAAUUGACACUCAUACCAGACAGUCCCUUUCUGAGCUAGAGAGUGCCUUGCUCUUGGUGGAAAAUACUAAGUCUACAGAUGACCAAAACCAAAAUGUGUUGCCAGUAGCUACAGCCAUUGAGUUGGGGCUCAUUAGAGAGGAGGUGGGACUACGUAUUUUAGAACUUCAAAUGAACACUGGAGGCCUGAAAAACUCAAUGGGAAAAGUUAUGAGUUUGGAGCAAGCAGACGACAUGAGACUUUUGUCUCCCAGAACCCUCAACAAACUACAGUCAAGGCAACAACAUAAAGAGCUGAUUGAUCCAAACACAGCUGAAAAAUUAAACCUAUAUGAGUUACAACAGCGCUGUGUCCUCGACGAUAUCUCCGGUCUCCUUCUCCUCCCUGUCAAACAGCAACCUGGAGGAACUGUCUGCCUCCGGUCUGGAAGAAAAGUUGGCAUAUUCCGCGCAGUCCAGGAAGGUCUGAUUGAUCGGAAAGUUACUGUACGACUUCUUGAAGCUCAGCUCUUUGCCGGUGGUAUUGCUGACCCACGGUCUGGCCACCGUUUCACAGUUGAUGAGGCUGUUCGUCAUGGGCUUAUGGACCAGGAUCUAGCCUGUGCCAUGUUAGCACGACAGCUGCAAAAUGGUGGAAUUCUAGACCCUUUCAGUGGAGAACGCCUGGAUUUGGAAGAGAGUAUUCGCAGGGAUCUUCUCUCGCCACGUUUGGCUCUGUUGGUCCUAGAGUCUCUUUGGGCUUUCAUGGGAAUACUCUGGCCUGAAUCCGGAGAACUCCUGCCCAUUGUUGAGGCUCUUCAACAAGGAAUGAUCUCAGGAGAGCUAUCAAGGAACAUUCUAAGGCAGCGACAUGCCAUUGGGGCUCUAUAUAACCCAGAAACCCUCCAGGUGCUGCCUCUAAACCAGGCUGCUGAAAAGGCCCUUGAGCCCAGUGUGGUCAGUUUUCUCAAAGACAUCCACAUCCCAGAUGUUCUUUCCAGCAUGAACCAGUCAGGCACCCCAUCUCUAAACCGCUUGAGCUGGGGUUCCACCAGCUCCUCUCCACCUCCAUCCUCUCCACCACCUUCAUCUUCUCUAGCAGGCUUUGUCUGGGAUGCAACACCAAAACAUGGAAUAGAUCCUGAACAGCAAGCAAAACACAAGCUGCUGUUUCACCUCAUGACUCAAAGCUAUGUGGAUGCUCAUUCUGGAAAACGACUGGUGCUGCUAGAUCCUGAGUUGGCGGAGUUGGUCAAAGCUACUGAACUGGUUGCUGGAGACUCUGUAUAUGGAGACCAAGUUAAGCCACAAAGCAGUUUGACCACAGAUGAGCAGGGGGAGUUGCAAAUGGUGAAAGAGUUUAGUUUGACAGAUAAAGAGAUGAGUGACAAACAAACUGAGGUUGAAGAAGAAAGUUCCGAUAUAGUUACACCAUGCAAAGGAUUUGAGAUAAAUGGUACAGGUAGUCUAGAAGAUAGGUAUGAUAGAGAGAAGGACACCAAUUUGUUGCACAAACCAUCUGUAACUGUAGAGAGUGAUUUAGCCUUUGCAGGGAAAAAUGAAAUUGGUGUGGAAAAAGAUGCAAAAGUAAAAGCUCAAAAGAAAGAAAUAUCCAAUCAUGAAAGUUCAAUGGCUUCAGCUAAAAAUCUUGAAGGCCCAAAUAAGCUGGUAGCAACUGAAUCCAAAUCCAGGGAUUGUGGUGGCCAGGAGACUCAAAUUAAAACCGAAACAGUAGAUAGAAGAACUUCUACGACACAACUCUCAAUGUUAAAAGAACCCAUCCAACUGGAUGCAAAAUCUAAUGAAGUUGAAUCAACGCCAUCUGAUGAUAGGGAAGAUAUAAAGCAUUCCCAGACUAAAUCAGAAAGGACCAAACAAAAGAUGUCUAUAACAGAGAUUGACUCAGAGCAUACUAAACCUCAGAUGAAUAUCCUUGAAUCAGCAGUGGAGAAGGAAGGGGAAGAUGCUGAAUUGGCGAGGUUAGUCAAUGAGCUCAAACACGGAGGUCUGAUGACAGAGGAAGGGGAAAAGCUGCUCCCAGAUGAGGCAGUAGCCCAGGGUGUCCUCGCUGGCCACACGGCAGUUAAAAUAAUGGCUCAGGCAGGUUUGUUUGGGGGUUUCCUAGAUGCCAGCAGCGGUGAGUCACUUAGCGUGGAGGAUGUUAUGCAGGAGGGUUUACUAGAUGAAGAUCUAAUGUGGAGUGUCCUGAAGUCAGAUAAAACCCUUGCAGGGGUAGUGGAUGUAGAGAAAAAGCAGAUCUGCGGGGUAAGGGAGGCAGCUCAGUCAGGGUUGAUCGACCCUAACACCGCUGCUAGACUUCUAGAAGCUCAGGUGGUAUCUGGGGGGAUUGUUGACCUGCGCAGGGAUAAGAAAAUCUCUGUCACUCUAGCGGCAAACCUGGGACUGAUAGAGGAGGAUCAAAGGGAAGAACUGGUGAUACUAGAGAAAGCAUACAAAGGAAAGGAUACAGAUUCAAAAACAGCCCUCACUAAAGCGAGUUUACAGCUACAGAUGGAAGGUGUAAUUGACCCAGAGUCCAAGUCUCCCGUUCCUCUGGAGCAAGCAAUUCAGAAAGGGUUAAUUAGAUCCGAGGAGGCUUAUCAGGUGUUGGCAAGGCAGGUGGCUGAGGGUGGUAUAAUACAUCAUGCUUCAGGGAUGAGGCUGUCAGUUCCUGAUGCUGUAGAUAGAGGACUAGUGGACCGGUCCAUUGCUCCUGGGCUGGAAGAAUUAGAAUGGGUCUACCAAGGAAAAGUUAGCUCUUCAUCUCACCCAGAAGCGGUUGUUUUCCAGGCAUCAACAGGGGCCAUUUUAGACCCUGACUCUGGAUGUAAAUUGACAUUGACAGAGGCAGUUUCUAAGGGUCUUCUGGAUGAGAAUAUUGCCAGUGAAGCCAUGGCUUCCUCUACUGUAACACAAGGAGCAAUUGACCCCAAAACUGCACGCAUUGUGCCUUAUUCUGAGCUUGUAAAUCAGGGUAAGAUAGAUAUAGAAACAGGCAAACGCUUCUUGGAGGUGAAACCAUUCAGAGGUGUUCCGGCUAACCAAACAAAUGACAACUUGACCCUUCCUGAGGCAGUUGCGUCAAAGCAAGUGGACCCAGUUCCAGCAUUGAGGCUGCUUCAAAGCCAGGCAGACAGUGGAGGGAUCAUUGAUAUUAGUACUGGAGAAAGGCUCCCCCUGUCUGAAGCCUGUGAAAGAGGGUUAGUUGAAGACAAUAUGGUCAUGGUUAUAGCCACCAACCAGUUUUUGAAAGGAGGCUUAGUUGAUCCUGCCACUGGACAACAUGUCUCAAGUCUUGAUGAUGGCAUCGCAAAAGGACUGAUCUCCAGUGACGUAGCUUCAGAGAUCCAGGAGAGAUUGUCUUCUGUGGAGAUGGAGGGUGAGGAAGGUAGCUCUACACCUGUUGCCUCAUCAAAUGGUACAUACAGCCCUGCUGUUAUAUUGUCAGUGUCAAGCCCAGACAGUCCAGCAAACUGGUCAGACGUAAACACUGAGGUGCCUUCAAGAUCUGCACUUUCAAAGAAAGGCUUAGGAAUCACACAGGACGAUGGAACGACAUUAACAUCUGUAGUAUCAGAUCAGUCACUGUUUUAUGAUACUACUACAGAAGAGGACAAAGUAGAAGCGCCAGUGUCAGAAAAGGCUUUGAUUGAGCCAGACCAAUCCAUAGACCUUUUGUGUAAGUUUGCUACUAAUGUUGAGAAAAGAAUUCAGGAAACCAUAAAAGAGAUAGUACCACAGGCAGACGUCAGUCAGUCAGAGCCUCUUCCUAAGCAUAAGUUUGAUGAGAGAAAGCAAAUAGGUGCGAGUGAGACUGAUGAUAAACAAAAGGGGGAAGUUUACAAAGAUGCUGUUGGAGAAUCCAGUCAGAUAAAUGUCUAUGAUAUUGACAAAGAUUCACAGGAAGUGGUCAGAGAAGGAACUGCUAAUUUAAAAUCAGAUGGGGAACCUGUGAAGGUUGGGAAAAAGGAGUGUAGAUCCGGCGAUGACAGCAAAUUAGUGGUUCAGGCUGAUUCUGAAGAUGGAAACCGGACAGGUUUUGUGGCAGCAGAGAUUAGAGAGGACAGAGAAAGCAAAGACAGCACGGAAUUGUCAAAAUUGAGUGAAGAGAAAUAUAGAAAGAGUGAUGUGACAGCACAGAGAGAUGAUGCUGUAGAUGAGAAGGGUAAUAGAGUGGAGAAAGAGAAACCUUUAAAGAUUGAGAUCAAAUCUAGCACUGGCUCUGUGCAGUCAGACCAGUUAUUGACCUCUCCAUCCAAAGAGACAGAAAGCAAAAGCAAGAAGAAGAGGAAGAAUAAAAAGAACGGAAAGGGUAAAGAAGCAGAGAGAGAACCACACCCUCCAGAGAUAAAACAUCCAUCUCAAAUUGAUCAAGCUGAUGCACAUAUUGAAGGGCAGCUUGAGGCCAUUAACGUUGUCACAGAUGAGCUUGCAUCACAAAACAAAUACGAGAAAUCACAGAUUCAUGCUCAGGCAUCUUCCACAGGACAUCCCAGAGAAGAAAGUGACGCAAAGAUUGACAAGAAUAUUGAGGCUGAAAAUGAUUUGGUAAAACAGGGACAAGAAGCAGUUCCUGCCACUCUCAAAUUCACAGAACAUACUAUUGAGCCAGAGAAAGAUGCACUAAGAAUUGCGUUAUCGAAGGAUACAGAAAAGGUUGAUAAGAGAGAGAAGAUGAAAAGAGAGGAGCAGAAAGAGAACGUUGAAGUGAAGGCUUCUGUCUCUCAGCAACCAGAACAGCCAGAGAGCAGUCAGGAGGCAAAGAAAAGGAAGGAGCAAGAAUUCCCUCAGAAAUCAACUUUACCAAACAACGAGAAAGCAGCCUUGAUAUUGAAAGCCAAAGAGAGCAUUCUUAAAAAGGUGUUUGAAAAAGGGGUGAGUGACAAGCAGGCUGCUGAGGAGCUGCAGGCACUGCGCAAGGAGGUGGGGAAGAAGGAGAGUCAAGGCUCCACUGUAAAGGCACAAACUCUGCCUGCGAAGGCUGAUGGAGGGAAGAGUCAUGAUGGCAAAGAUGAUGGUGUCAAGAGACCUAGUGGUUCACCAAAAGAGAGUGAGGAAGAGGUGAGCGUCAAAGAAGACGAAAUGAAAUUGACGAGGGUCAAAGAAGACAAGACUGUGGAGAAACUUUCUGUCAAGGAAGACAUGGAGACCAAACUAUUGGAGACAGAGGAGAACAGGAGUUUUGGAAAGGAAGACAUUGAAACAGCUCCAUCAGUCCAGCCUAAUGAAACUCAGCAGAGUAAACGAAGAAAGAAGAACAAGAAGACCAAGACUUCAAAAGUGACCGACAAAACCGAGUCUGAUUCUGAGAAAUUACCGACUGAUGAAAAAGUAGAUUCUGAGGUGACAAAAACACAAAUGACCACAGAAUCUCCAAUGGCAAAAUCAGCUUUGACUGAUGGUCAGUCAGCCAGUGGUCUCAUCAGACCUUCAGUUGGUGAGAAGGCAGAUGCAAUGGAGACCUCUGUAAUUAAUGUUAAAGGAGCUGAGACUAGUCAACAAAGUCCACCAUAUUUAUGUAAAUCAGAAGAACCCAAUUCUCACAUUGAGGAACCCUUACAAUUAGCAGGGCUCACAUCUAUUGGGAAAGAAGAAUCCCAUUCAGAAACCACAAAUGCUGGCGAAUCCACAGACAUUGCUCACAAGGCUGUCACAUGCAAACCAGACAUCCAACCCACAGCUGGAUCUAUGGCUCCUGGCACACAACCAGAUAAAACAGCAGGGAAAGGUAAAAAGAAGAAAAGGCACCAACCACUUGAAGCUAAGAGUGCCAAUGUUCCCGAAUCAAACUCUUUAAAAGACCAACAGCAACAUAUUGAGUCUCCAGAAUCAGCACCUUCGCUCUCAGAAGAUACAGCAACUGAGUCUGAAUCACCUGGAGUCCCCGAGUCUGAUACAGCCUCUGAGAGUUGGGGUGAGGGAGAGGAUGAUGUCAGGGAGAGUCGAGAACUUGUGUCAAACAAAGAGGGGACGACAUCCACGACUGGCAAGUCGUCACUGAUGCGUCAGGAGUGCUUAGAGCAUGACCAGCAAAUUGUAGCCCUGGUCUCCAUGGUAAGACACGUUGAGGUCCGACUCAAACAGCAGCAACAGCAGUCUGUUGGCCGCAGCCUCAUCGCCUUGGAUGACAUCAUCAGACAGACAGAGACCCUGGACCUUGAAUUGCGUGACUUGGAGCCUGCGAUCAACAAGGAAGUAAAGGCUGCUGAAGAGCUGUUGAAGCCCCAACCCAAAGAUGUUCCUCCGCAGCUCCUAUUGGCCCUGGAGAAGGACAAGCGGAGCUUGGCUCGAGGGUAUGAUGCUGCCAGAGCACUUUCUGAGGACAUUCUGCAAAGUCUACGAGAACAUAGAGACUCGUAUAAGGAGGCCGUAACAGCUGAGCAGAAGUCACUGGGAGGACAAGUGGAGAGUCUGCUCUCUUGGUUAAUGGAGACAGAGGCUCUGAUGGAUGGAGGUAUGGCGGGGAUGGAGAAAAUGGAGACCACAGAGAAAGAUGACAAUUGUGAUCAGCUCACACAGCAGCUGAAUCUCUGCAAGGAGCUCCAGUCCUCUCUGAAGGCUCGCUCCAGUGAGGUCAACAACACUGCCUUUGACAUUCAGGUGUUCAUCUCGGAGCGGGCCCAGGACCUGGCCCCUGAGCAGAGCAGGCAGCUUCUGGGGAAGCUCCAGCAGCUCCAGAGGACCUUCCACUUAGCGUCAGGCAAAGCCCAGGCCUGGGCAGAUGCCCUCUCUGCGCAGAAAGAGAGGGAGGAGGAAUGGCAGCGCAGAGAGAGGGCGAAAGAAGAGGAGAAGGACAGAGAAAGGCAGAGUGCAAGGGAGAGAGAGGUGGUUCAACAGCAGAAAGCUGAAUGCUCUCAGAAAAUAGAAGGCCUUACCAUGUGGUUGGCUGGAGCUGCCAGCUUGUUGGCCAGUCAGAUAGGUGGAGCAGAGUCAGGUGACGUGAACGUCUUGCAAGAGAAGCAGAAAAGACUGAAGGAAGCACAGAAGGACCUCAAGACCAAAGGGGAGGGCAUCGCCGAGGCUAUCCGCUCGGCGGAGGAGCUCCUGGCAGACCGAGGAGAAAGUCUGAGCCCAGAGGAGAGAGAGAACCUCCAGGGGGCGCUAACAAGAAUGAAGGAGCAGUACAGUGCCCUGAAAGAUUCAGCAAACACGUCACUGUCAGAGCUGGACACAGCCAUCAACACAACUGUACAGCAGAACACACAAAGGGCAAAGGCUGUGGAGGAUCUCCAGGAGACACAAGGCCAGAUAGACUCUCUGCUGAAUGAGUUGUCCUCCCUUAACCAACCAGGCGGGAGAGGAGCUGGAUCUGGAGUGGCCCAAGAUUUGACUGAUGCACCAUUCUCACAGCCAGAAGGCGCUUUAAUGUCACGCACAGAGAUGCUGCAGGCGGAGCUUCAGCAGCUCCAGUCUCAGCAGGCACAGCUACUCCAGAUCACACAGUCAACUCGCUCCCUUCUGGACCAACCGGACUCCACUGUUCCUCCCGAAGAGAAGCAGCGUCUCCGAGCUGCCCUGGAUCAGCUGCAGGCCCAGCACCAGGACAAGCUGCAGAGCUGCCAGGACCGUCUGAGGAAGUCUGAGGCUCUGAAGGAUGAGCUGACAAAGUUCCUCCAAGAACAUGGAAGUCUAGGUACCUGGCUGGAACAAAAUGAACAGGAGCUCUGUUCCUUAGGGGAAGGAGAAACCGAUGCACAAGGACUGAAGGGCAGGCUGGAAGAGCACAGAAAGCUUGCUGAAGAUGUAAUUUGCCACAAGGCGGACCUGCGGUUUGUUUCCAUCUCCGGUCAAAAGGUUCUGGACUCUGUACAAGGAGCUCUGGAGCAAGUUGGUGGUUCAGACCCAGCUCUGGACAACACCAAGCAGCUGGUAACUGACAAACUACAGGAUGCUAACCACAGAUACACAACCCUACACACCAAGUCAACAGAGUUGGGCGGCCGUUUGUCCGGCCUGUUGGAGAGGUACCAGCAGUACCAGGAUGAGGUCGUCUCCCUCCACUCCUGGCUCAGCACUCAGGAACAGAACCAAAGCAUAGCCAAGCCCAGUGGGGAGACAGACCCCCAGAACCUGGAGAACACACUACGACAAGUACAGCUGCUGCAGGACGAGCUGGCUGAGCGUUCGGUGCAGCUGGAGAAGGUGAAGAGAGCAGGAAGAGAUCUGGUCAGCACAGAUGAGUCUCCGUCCCUAAAAGCUGUUGACAUCCUCUGUGCAGCAGAUGGUUUAGAGAAGAGGUUCGGCUCCCUCUCUGCGUCUGUGUCAGAACGGGCCGAGCAGCUGCAGACAGCUGUGGCCCAGUCGGUCAGCGUCCAGGAGGGCUUAAAGGGUCUGCUGAGCUGGCUGGACAACCUGGUUCUGAAUCCUGGUCCUGUAGAGCCCUCCGCACAGGCUGUACAAGACGCCUUGACACAGAACCAGAAACUUCGCCAGGAGCUGCUGUCCAGACAGGGCAGCGUGGAAGCAACACGAGACUCUGUUUCCAAACUCCUUAAGAGCUCUGACGCCUCCACGGCCUCUGGCCUCCAGGGCGCUUUAGAUGAACUGACUCAGCGCUACGCUGCAGCACAGGCUAGCCAGGGCGAGAGGGAAGCUGAGCUCAAAGGACUGUUGCCCCGGCUGGAGAGCUACGAGCGGCUGGGGACCGACCUCCAGGUCUUCACCCAGAGCCGACUGAAGGCUCUGAGCCCCGCCGGCCAACCAGACCGCAACGUGGAUGACUACAGGCAGACCAUUGAGGAGGUCAGGUCCGAGCUAGAGCAGGAAGCUGGCCAGCUGAAAUUCUUCUGCAACCUCGGCACCGAGCUCAGCCAAUCAAAAGCUUUCAAUAACACUCAAAGCUUAUUGGAUAAUGUCAAAGGGGUGUCUGAUGAGUUCACCCAACUGGAAGCCAAUGUCAACAAAAGGUUUGCUGCCAUCCAGACCUGCGAGCAGCAGCUGUUGCAGUUCCGCGGCGUCUCUGGCUCUCUCCUCAGGUGGCUUCAGACAGCACAAGACCAGCUGCCGUCCAAAGAGGCCAACCUCAACACAGAGGGCCUGCAGAGAAGAGUGCAGCAGCUCAAGGACUUGCUAAAUGACUGGGAGUCACAGGGAUCAAGAGUUCAGGAACUGAACAAGACGGGCUCAGAGCUGGAGUCCCUCAUCAUCGACAUCACCACUCCUCAGACCAAAACUGGUGCUCCUCAAAUCAAUGGCUCAGCCGGUCCCAGCAGUGUCAAUGGCAUUCACACCUGUAAAGACCUGACGGAGCUCCAGGUAGCCGUAUCUGAUGUAAACGGUCGAUAUGAGACGCUGGGCGGGGAGUUAAAGGAGCGUCUUGGUCGCCAGAAGACCUCGCUGGAGCUGAGGCAGAAGGCCAGGCAGGGCACCGAUGAGCUGAAGAACUGGCUGACAGACAGAGAACACAGCCUGAAACAGGGACAGACCGCCUCCCCCUCCAAACCUGAGGUGGUACGCGCCCAGGCAGAGGAGAACAAGGCUCUGCUUUCAGAGCUGGCUGACCACUCGGGGAAGGUAGAGGAGCUGAAGAGCACACUGAGGAAGCUGAUCGCUGACAAUCCUGAUUCUCCUGAGGCAGACACCUGGAGACAGCAGCUGCAAGAGAUAGACUCCCGCUGGCAGACGGCCAAUCAGACUGCAGCCCAGAGGCAGACUGAGCUGGAGACGUGUGCCGAUAGGCUGGGCAGCUUUGCUUCAGCUGCCAGUCAGCUGGGCCCGUGGCUGAGAGAGAAGGAGCUGAUGAUGAGUGUGCUGGGACCGCUGAGUAUCGACCCCAACAUGCUCAACACACAGAAACAACAAGCACAGUUCAUGCUUCGCGAGUUUGAGACUAGGCGACCACAGUUUGACCAGCUGACUCAGUCCGCUGAGGGAAUCCUCUCCCAGACUGGUGACUCUGCUCAGGACCCCAAGGACCUGGAGGAGGUGCGAUCUGAGCUGGGCUCCAUCUCCCAGCAGUGGGAGGACCUAACAAACCGACUGACUCAGAGGUCAGACCACAUCGACCAGGCCCAAGGAACCAGCCAGCGGUACCAGGCCUUGCUCAGAGAGCUCUCCUCCAGUGUUUCUGCUCUGGGCGAGAGGUUGGAUGGCCAGGCCUCGCUGAGCGCCCAGCCCGAAGCGCUGAAACGUCGCCUGCAGGAAACCGGAGAGAUCCGCUCAGAGCUGGAGAGACGGCGGACUGAACUCGCCGAGGCUGAGUUGCUCUGCAAGGAGCUGAGCGCCAUCGUGGCUGAACCCUACCUGAAGGAAGAGCUGAGUAAACGACUGGCGAGUGUCAGCGGGCCGCUGAAGAGUUUAGAGGAGCGCGCAGCCGACGGUCUGUCUCAGCUCCAGGCCGCCCUGUCAUCCACCCAGCAGUUCCAGCAGAUGUUUGAGGAGUUGCGCUCCUGGCUCGAUAAGCAGGCGGAUCCCAGAGAAUCCUCCACCGACCCUCUGCCCUGUCAGCCAGAGGCCAUCCGCUCCCUGCUGUCACAGACAGAUGAUCUCCAGCGUGGGAUCGCCAGUCAGCGAGGCUCCUACGAGCUGCUUCAAGCUGAGGGAGCGUCACUGCUCGCCACUCUCCCCGCUGGCGGAGACGAACGCUCUGUCCUGCAGUCUCGCCUGGCCUCCUUGAAGCAGGACUGGGAGGGGCUGAACCAGAGGAUCUCAGACAGAGAGAGCAGACUGAAGACCACUCUGAGCAAAGCAGAAGCCUACCAGCAGCACAAGGCCGAGCUGGUACCGUGGUUAGCAGAGUGUGACGAGAAAGCCGCAGAGAUCCAGCCGUCGCUGGACUCUUCAGCCCUGGACGAAGCCUUGCAGAAGGCUCGAGGUCUAUCACUGGACCUCGAGAGACGACAACCUCUUUUCGAGGCCUUCAAUACUGCAGCAGAUCAGCUGCUAGAACAAUGCUGCAUCGGGGAGGAGGAGGUACGAGAUGAGAAGGCCCAGCUGAACCGCAGGGUGGACGGACUGAGCGAGAGGCUCCACAGCUGCACCUCCCAGCUGGAGGAGCUGGCUGGCCGCCUCAAGGAGUUUGAAGAGGGCAGACAGGCUGCAGAGAGGAGGCUGGAGGCUGCCAAGCACCAGAUUGAAGUCCAGGAGGCUCUGGGACCACAGGCGUGCAGUGCAAAGAGCCUGGAGCGUCUGAGAAGUCAGCAGGAGAGUCUAAGGUCCCUGAAGCCUCAGGUGGUCUACCUCAGAGACCUGGCCCAGGGGCUGGUUCAGGACGCACCCCAGGCACCGGGAGGCAGCACUGAGGGGACACUGAGACUUCAGGAGCAGGCCAAGGAAACAGAGAAAGAGUACAAUGACGUAACAGACAAGAUCGAGCAGUGCUGCUCCUCCCUGGAGUCCCGGCUGCAGGGCGUCGGCGAGGUCCAGUCUCAUGUGCGGGAUGUCUUCUCGCGCAUUGCUGACCUUGAUGAUGAACUGGACUCCCUCAGCCCCGUCGGACGCGAUGCAGACUCCCUGGCCUCUCAGGCCGAAGCACUAAAGGGCUACUUGUCCCGUCUGGCCAACCUCAGGACGGAGCUGGAGGGCCAAACGUCGGAGUGCACCACCAUGCUGCGGCGAGAAGGCUCCUCACCUGACCUCCUGGCUCUCAGGAGGGAGACGGAAGCUCUGAGUCGCCAGGCCGGCAAGCUGAGCGAGCGCGGCCAGGCCAGGUUAGACCAGAUCGAGGACGCUGCCGAGAGGGUUCGGGAGUUCUACAGGCUGGUUGGCGAACUGCAAGGCCUGCUGGGAAGGGCCGAAGACGGGCUGAACGCACAGGGCAUGGUCGGCACAGAGGUGGAGAUGAUCAAACAGCAGCUGCAAGAAUUUAAGGCCGUGGAGAGAGAGCAGGUGGACAGCAUUCAACCAAAGCUGCAGCACGUCAACGCAGUGGGUCAGGGUCUGAUCCAGAGCGCCGCCAAACACACCGACACCCAGGCACUGGAGCACGACCUGGAGACCACCAACCUUCAAUGGAACUCACUCAACAAGCGGGUGGCAGAGCGGAUCGCCCAGCUGCAGGAGGCCCUGUUGCAUUGUGGGAAAUUCCAGGAUGCUCUCGAGCCUCUGCUAAGCUGGCUGAGCGACACAGAGGAGCUGGUGGCCAAUCAAAAGCCCCCAUCUGCCGAGUACCGCGUAGUCAAGGCCCAAAUCCAAGAACAAAAGCUGCUCCAGAGAUUAUUAGAUGACCGCCGGCCGACGGUGGAGAUGAUCAGCGCUGAGGGAGGGAGGAUUGCAGCCACAGCGGACACUCAGGACCGAGAGAAGAUUCAGACCCAGCUUCAGUGUCUGGCAGAGAGAUGGACUGACCUGCUGGACAAGGCCAGCGGCAGGCAGAGGCAGUUGGAGGAGCUGCAGGUUUUGGCUCUUCAGUUUCACGAAGCCGUGGAGCCGUUGGGAGAAUGGCUGAGUGCCACGGAGAGACGCCUGAGCUCCGCCGAGCCCAUGGGAACCCAGACGGCCAAGAUCACCCAGCAGAUCGUGAAGCACAAGGCGGUUCAAGAGGACGUGUCCUCACGUGAAGCCGAGGUUGACCGCCUCGAGUCCCUAAGCCAAUCGUUGACCCCGCUCAGCUGCGCGGCCGACCGUGAUUGGUUAAGCGAGCGUGUGGGAGCGGUCAGGUCAGGUCACUCGGAACUUACUGAUUGGUGCGCCAGACGGGCGGGCAUGCUGGAGCAGGCGCUGGCUAACGCUCAGCUGUUUGGGGAGGAGGAGGUAGAGGUGCUGAACUGGCUGGCAGAGGUGGCUCAGAGGCUGGGUCAGGUCUCUGUCCAGAGCUACCAGCAUCAGCUGCUGGCCGAGCAGCACAAACACACUCUGUCUCUAAAUGAAGAGAUUGUGAGCAGGAAGAAGACCGUGGACCAGGCCAUCAAGAAUGGGCAGGCCUUACUAAAACAGACCACAGGUGAGGAAGUUCUCCUGAUCCAGGAGAAGCUGGAUGGCAUCAAGUCUCGCUACGCUGAGAUGACAGCCGGCAGCAGCAAGGCCCUCCGCACCCUGGAGCAGGCCCUGCAGCUGGCCACGCGAUUCGCCAGCGCCCACGACGACAUCAACCAGUGGCUGGACAGCGUGGAGGCGGAGCUUAACAAUAUGGAGCCCGACGCCACGCCCGCCUACCAGGAAAGACAAAAGGAGCUGAAGAAAGUGUCGGCAGAGAAGCGUCUGGUGUUGGAUACGGUGAACGAGGUGGGCAGCGCCCUGCUGGAUCUGGUGCCGUGGCGAGCCCGCGAGGGGCUCGACCGCCUGGUCGCCGAUGCCAACCAGCGCUACCGCCAGUCUGAUGAAACCAUCACUCAGCGUGUGCAGCUGGUACAAGCUGCCAUCCAGAGGUCACAACAGUAUGAGGAGGCAGUGGAUGCAGAGCUGGCCUGGGUCGGGGAGACGGAGCGGAAAUUGAAGUCUCUGGGGCCCCUGAGCCUGGAGCCUGACGUGACGGUGGCCCAGAUGCAAGUGCAGAGGGCCUUCAACAUCGAUAUCAUCCGACACAAAGACACUGUGGAUCAGCUGCUCAGCACCAGAGACGACAUCCUGGAAACCUGCAGCGACGCCCAGAAGGACGCACUGAUAGUGAAGACAGAUUCUCUCAGUGCUCGUUACGAUGCAGUGAGUCAGAGCCACAGUGAGCGGUUCUCAGCCCUGGAGCAGGCCCAAGUUUUGGUUGCUCGGUUCUGGGAGACCUUCGAGGAACUGGAGCCAUGGUUGGGCGAGACUGAAACCCUCAUCUCCCAGCUGCCACCGCCAGCCAUCGACACCGACGCUCUCCGACUCCAACAGGACCAGAUGAGACUGCUCAGGGAGUCUAUCGCAGAGCACAAGCCCCACAUCGACAAGCUGCUGAAGAUUGGACCCCAGCUGGCCGAGCUCAGCCUCCAGGAGGGGGCGACGGUGACGCAGCGCUACUCGGAGGCAGAGAGACGCUACCUGGCCAUCAAAGAGGGGGUCAAAGGUCGUGCGACAACCCUAGACGAGGCAGUGUCCCAGUCUUCACAGCUGGUAGAGUUUCACGACAAGAUGGACCCCUUGUUGGAGACCCUGGAGGGGGCGGUCCAGCGGCUGCGGCAGCCUCCUCCGGUGGCCGCGGAGGUGGAGAAGAUCAGGGAGCAGCUGGCGGAGCACCGAGCCCAGGGGCUGGAGCUGGACAAACUGCUGCCGAGCUUCUCCGCCCUCUGCGCCCGAGGAGAAGAGCUCAUCGGACGAGCUGCUCACGACGAUCCUGCUGCUCAGGCCGUUCGUAGCCGCCUCCUACGCCUGCGCACCACGUGGGAUGAGAUCCGGCAGCGGGCCGAGGAGAGGGAGGGGAAGCUGAACGACGUCUUGGACCUGGCUGGAAAGUUCUGGGCCGACGUGGCGGCGCUACUGAGCACGCUCCGAGACUCCCAAGAUAUCGUGAAAGAGCUGGAGGACCCUGGCGUGGACCCUUCACUCAUCAAACAACAGAUUGAGGCUGCUGAGGCCAUUAAGGCAGAGACGGAUGGUCUGAGGGAGGAGCUGGAGUUUGUCAGGACCCUCGGAGCUGACCUUAUCUUUGCCUGUGGAGAAACCGAGAAACCUGAAGUCAAGAAGACCAUCGAUGAGAUGAAUGCUGCCUGGGAGGGUCUGAACCGCACGUGGAGAGAGAGGAUGGAGAGACUGGAGGAGGCCAUGACAGCGUCUGUGCAGUAUCAGGACGCACUGCAGUCUAUGUUUGACUACCUGGACAAUGCAGUGAUUAAGCUGUGUGACAUGUCGACUGUGGGAACUGAUCUGGGAACUGUCAAACAGCAGAUUGAAGAGCUCAAGCAGUACAAGGUGGAGGUUUACCAGCAACAGAUUGACAUGGAGAAGCUGUGCCACCAGGGGGAGCUGCUGUUGAAGAAGGUGUCAGACCAGACAGACAGGGACAUGAUCCAGGAGCCACUGACUGAGCUCCGACACCUCUGGGAAAACCUGGGGGAUAAAAUCACCCACAGACAGCACAAGCUUGAGGCUGCCCUGCUGGCCCUGGGUCAGUUCCAGCAUGCCCUGUCUGAGCUGCAGGCCUGGCUGAACCACACACACACCACUCUGGACACACAGCGACCAAUCAGCUCUGACCCCAAGGCCAUCGAAAUCGAGCUGGCUAAACACCACGUUUUGCGUAAUGAUGUCCUAUCCCAUCAUGCAACUGUGGAGAAUGUGAACGGUGCGGGCGCUGAGCUGCUGGAGUCGUCUCCUGGUGACGAGGCCAGCCACCUGAGGGAUCAGCUGGAUAAACUCAACCAGGGCUGGGAGAGCCUCCUGCUCAAGAGCCAGGAGCGGCAGAAGCUACUGGAGGCCGCCCUGCAGCAGGCUGAAGGUUUCCAUGGCGAGUUGGAGGAGUUCCUCCAGUGGCUGAGGAGGACGGAGAGCCAGCUGUCUGCCGCCAAGCCGACAGGAGGUCUCCCUGAAACAGCCAGAGAGCAGCUACAGCAACACAUGGAGCUUCAGAGCCAGCUGACUCAGCGAGGAGAACAGUACCACCGCCUGCUGGAUCAAGGGGAGUCCAUGCUGCUGGCUCGUGGAGGAGAGGAAGCAGGACCCGGUACCACCCAGACCCAGCAGAACCUGGCCAUGCUGCAGAACAAGUGGGCCAGCUUCAACACCAAGAUGGACGACCGCAGGGCAAAGUUGGAUGAGGCCGUUUCCUUGGCAACAGGUUUCCAGACCUCCCUGCAGGACACCAUCAACUGGCUGACCCAGGCUGAACAGACCCUGAACAUGGCCCAGCCCCCCAGCCUCAUGCUGGACACUGUCCUCUUCCAGAUUGAUGAGCACAAGGUAUUUGUGAAUGAGGUGAACACCCACAGAGAGCAGGUCCUGGCUCUGGAGAAGGCCGGCUCUCAGCUUCGCUUUGCCAGCCUGAAGCAGGACGUUGUUCUUAUUAAAAACCUGCUGCUCAGCGUCCAGGCCCGCUGGGACAAGCUGGUCCAGAGGUCACUGGACCGUGGCCGACACCUCGAUGAGGCCCGAAAACGUGCCAAACAGUUCCACGAGGCCUGGAGGAAGCUGACAGACUGGCUAGAAGAAGCAGAGAAAAGACUGGACUCCGAGCUGGAGAUCUCCAACGAGCCGGACAAGAUCAAAGUACAACUGGCCAAACACAAGGAGUUCCAGAAAGCGCUGGGGUCGAAGCAGCCGGUUUACGACACUACAGUGAGGUCUGGGCGGGCCAUGAGGGACAAGGCUCAGCUGCCUGCAGACACCCAGAAACUAGACCACCUGGUGGGAGAGGUCCGCGACAAGUGGGACACCGUCUGUGGCAAGAGCGUGGAGAGACAACACAAACUGGAGGAGGCUCUGCUGUUCUCAGGCCAGUUUGCAGAGGCUCUGCAGGCCCUGGUGGACUGGUUGUACCGGGUAGAGCCCCAGCUGGCUGAAGACCAGCCUGUCAAUGGAGAUCUGGAUCUGGUGUCCAACCUCAUGGACUCACAUAAGGCUUUCCAAAAAGAGCUGGGUAAGAGAACCAGCAGUGUUCAGGCUCUGAAGCGCUCAGCUCGGGACCUGAUGGAUACCGGCCGCGAUGACACGGCGUGGGUCAAAGUUCAGCUUCAGGAGCUCAGCAACCGCUGGGAUACAGUGUGCGCUCUGUCGGUCACAAAGCAAACCCGCCUCCAGCAGGCCCUCAAACAGGCGGAGGAGUUUCGUACGGCGAUACAGAUGCUCCUGGAGUGGCUCUCUGAGGCGGAGCAGACGCUUCGUUUCCGUGGCGUCCUUCCCGAAGAGGCAGAGACUCUGCAGGCGCUGCUGCACACACAUCGUGACUUCAUGGGCACCGUGGAGGACAAGAGGACGGAUGUCAACAAGGCUGCUGGCAUGGGAGAGAGCAUCCUGACUGUUUGUCACCCGGACUCCAUCACCACCAUCAAACACUGGAUAACCAUCAUCAGGGCACGCUUCGAGGAGGUGCUGACGUGGGCCAAACAGCACGAGCAGCGGCUGGAGACGGCUCUGACCGAGGUGCUCAACAACGCCAACCUGCUGGAGGAGCUGUUGUCAUGGCUACAGUUUGCUGAGACCACAUUGGUCCAGAAAGACACAGAGCCGCUUCCUCAGGACAUCCCACAACUCAAAACACUCAUCACAGAACACCAGAUGUUUAUGGAGGAGAUGACUAGGAAGCAGCCAGAUGUUGACAAAGUGACGAAGACCUACAAAAGAAAACCAGCUGAGCCUCCCAGCAGCCUGGCUGAGAGGAGAGGAGCUCGCAAACACCAGCAGCAGCAACAGCAGCAGCAGGCAGCCAUGCAGCUCUCCGGAGGAAACCCACGGCUCAACCAGCUCUGUGCCAGGUGGCAGCAAGUUUGGCUGCUGGCUCUUGACCGCCAGCGCAAACUCAAUGAUGGUCUGGACAGACUGGAGGAGCUCAAAGAGUUUGCCAACUUUGACUUUGAUGUGUGGAGGAAAAAGUACAUGCGCUGGAUGAACCAUAAGAAGUCUCGCGUCAUGGACUUCUUCAGACGCAUCGACAAGGACCAAGAUGGAAAGAUCACGCGCCAGGAGUUUAUCGACGGCAUCCUGGCAUCAAAGUUUCCCACCAGUAAGCUGGAGAUGACAGCAGUGGCAGACAUCUUUGACAGAGACGGAGACGGUUACAUUGACUACUACGAGUUUGUUGCUGCUCUGCACCCCAACAAGGACGCCUACAGACCUACCACUGACGCUGAUAAGAUAGAGGAUGAGGUGACUCGGCAGGUGGCUCAGUGUAAAUGUGCCAAGAGGUUCCAAGUGGAGCAGAUAGGAGAGAACAAAUACCGGUUCUUCCUCGGAAACCAGUUCGGUGACUCUCAGCAGCUGCGUCUGGUGAGGAUUCUGCGCAGCACGGUGAUGGUGAGAGUCGGAGGUGGUUGGAUGGCUCUGGACGAGUUCCUGGUCAAAAAUGAUCCAUGCAGAGUGCAACAUCCAGGACUUAAGAUUCUCCGCUCCGAUUCCAGUAGCUCCAUCUCAUCUCGUAUAGUGGCAGUCACUCCUGGCUAUUUCUGCUGCCGAGCCCGUGGCCGCACCAACCUGGAGCUGAGGGAGAAGUUCAUCCUUCCUGAAGGAGCCUCUCAGGGUCUGGCCGCCUUCCGCACCCGAGGUCGACGCUCCAAACCGGGCUCCCGCAACGCCUCGCCCACCCGUUCCUCCUCCUCGGCCUCCCACAGCGGCGCCUCCCUCCCCUCUGCUCCCUCCACCCCCGCCACACCGACAGCCUCUGCAUCAUCCAGGUCCUCCAAUACUCACUCGCGUGACUAUGCCAAGCCCUGGCUGGCACACAGUAAAACUCCAACACCAGCCAAGUGCCACUGCUGCCCAGAUCUCGGUCAAAGCCACACCACUCCUGGGCACGAGGGAGCGACGUCGGGGUCCAAACUAAAGAGGCCGACGUUCCACUCAAGCCGAGGCUCACUAACCGGAGAGAACGGAGGAGCGACACACGCCAGCAAACCAUCACGAACUGAUCCGAAGCGAGGGACAACCACAGCCAGUGGGCCAACCAGCCGAGCCGGUAGCCGGGCGGGCAGCAGAGCCAGCAGUCGCCGCGGCAGCGAUGCCUCUGAUGCAUCAGAGCUGCAGGACGCCCGUUCCGUCUGCUCUGAUGCCUCGGACACCCCACGCCGACCCGGUACCGGGGCCAAACCCUCCAAGAUUCCCACCAUCUCCAAAAAGGCCCCCAGCCCAAAGACCCCAGGGGCUGGGAAGAAAUAACACCAGCCACAGGGAAACUGGAGCAGAACCAAUAUUCCUCCGUUUCACAGAGGGUGGACUGCUAUCAUUGGGCAUUUUGGGUGUACCAACUCUUUAAUCAAAAGUCCAUCUAACAUGGCUUAUGUAGAGUUUGUGCACUAUGACUGACAUUUCCCAGGGGAAAGAAAGAGAUGGAUAGGAUGAAUGAAUCUCCUUCUCACUCUUUCCCCGGUCUCAUAAACAGACUGAAAACAUGCACAAGAGGAGUAGAGUUCUGGUCUGGAGGUUCCAGGCCAGCAUCUGUGGGGUCGAGACAGACUUUUCCCCUUUAAGAAGCGACCCCAUUUUGCCUUCCAGUCUCCUGCUUUAUCUUUCAAAAGUCCCCCACCCGUGUGGAACCAAACACCAACUGACCUGACGUGAUGCUGCCUUACUUAUACACUUCUGUCCCAAUCAGACAGAACAACAGAGAAAGUCUUUAAACUGCUUUAUACCACACUGACACACAGAUACACACAUUUUAACACAGAGGCGGGGUAGGGAGUGGGACACACCACCACCACGGCUACAAAAACAAC